CUAUUGGCAAAUCAGUUUUCUAUAAGGUGUUGCUUGCAGAUGCAAGCAUUCUAAAUUCCUCGUCCUUUUAGGAUGGAGAUAGAAGACAACCCGUCUUCUUCUCACAGAACUCAUGAUCAAACAUCCCAACGUUGGUCCUACGAUGUUUUCUUGAGCUUUAGAGGGGAGGACACUCGUAAGAGCUUUGUCGAUCACCUCUACACGACGCUUCACGAAAAAGGGAUACAUGCAUUUCGUGAUGACAUAGAGUUAAGGAGGGGAAAAUCCAUUUCCCCUGAACUCCUUAACGCUAUAGAAACAUCGAGGUUUGCAGUUGUUAUUUUUUCGAAAAACUAUGCAGAUUCAUCGUGGUGUUUAGAGGAGCUGACGAAGAUCGUUGAGUGCAACAAGCAGAGGGGACAAACGCUGAUUCCAGUGUUUUACAGCGUGGAUCCUUCUGUUGUGAGAAAACACAAGGGUAGCUAUGGAGACGCAUUUGCUAAACAUGAAGAGAAUUUGAAGGGAUCAGGUGAGAACAAUAAGAUCCAGACAUGGAGGGAUGCUUUAAAGGAUGCUGCUAAUAUAUCUGGAUUUGACGUCCAACACAUGGAAGAUGGGCAUGAAUCAAGGUGCAUCAGACAGAUUGCUUUGACAAUCUUGAAAAGAUUGGGUCAUGUACGACCUAAAGUUGCUGAUCAUUUAGUCGGUAUAGAACCCCAUGUCCAAAAAGUUGUAUCUAUGUUGAAUAUGCAGUCUGAGGCUGAUGUUCUCAUAAUCGGGAUAUGGGGUAUGGGAGGCAUUGGUAAAUCAACUAUUGCACGAGCUGUUUUUGAUCAGCUUCAGGAAGAGUUUGAAGGUGUCUGCUUUCUUGAUAAUGUUAGAGAAGUUUCAACAAAAUUCGGACUGCAGGCUUUGUCAGAAAAAAUGUUUUCUGAGACAUUGAAAGAGACUAAAGACAAUCUUUAUACCAGCACCAGUUUCCUAAUGAAUAGGUUGAGUUAUAAAAGAGUGAUGAUCGUUCUUGACGACGUGGAUCAAGAUGAGCAGAUAGACUAUUUGGCUGGAAAGCACGAAUGGUUCGGAGCUGGUAGCAGAAUCAUCAUCACUACUAGAAACAGGCAGUUGCUAUUGGCUCAUGGGGUGGAUCAAGUGUACGAAGUUAGCCUUUUAGGGAGUAAUGAGGCUUUGACGCUCUUCAACAAGUUUGCCUUCAAGGGAGGUGAACCGGAAGGUGAUUUCAAUGAUCUAGCGUUGCAAGUCGUGGAAUGUGCUUGGGGCCUCCCAUUGGCUCUCAAAGUUUUGGGUUCAUUUCUACAUAAAAGAGCAAAAGCAGAAUGGGAGAGCGAGUUGAAGAGGCUGAAAGAAAUUCCCCAUGAUGAUGUGAUAGGGAAGCUUAAAUUGAGCAUUGAUGCAUUGAGUGAUCUAGACAAGCAAAUAUUGCUUGAUAUUGCUUGUUUCUUCAAGGGGAAACGAAGAGAACCCGUCACCAGAAAACUCCUAGCUUUCGGUUUCAAACCUGAAAUUGGAGUGCCAGUACUUAUUCAGAGAUCACUUCUAUCCAUAUCUGAUGAUGACAGGUUCCAGAUGCAUGAUUUAGUCCAAGAAACCGCUUGGUACAUGGUUCGCCGUAAAGAGAAAUUCAGCAGGUUGUGGAUUCCUGACGACAUAUGUGAUGUUAUGUCAAAGAAAUCAGGUACAGGAGCAAUUGAGGGAAUAACAUUAGUGUACCCGGAAAAGCAGAAGAUGAACUUAGGAUCACAAGCAUUAAAGGGUAUGGAGAAUCUCCGACUUCUGAAAAUCCAGAAUGCUCACUUCCGAAAAGGUCCUAGUUAUCUUCCAAAUGAGUUACAAUGGCUCAGUUGGCACAACUUCCCUUCAACCUCACUCCCACAAGACUUCGAGGGAGAAAAGCUUGUUGGACUUACGCUAAUUCAUGGCAAAAUUUCGCAACUGUGGCCAGAAGAUAAGUAUCUUGACAAGCUGAAGUAUCUGAAUCUCAGCUACUCCAAAGGGUUAAUUAACACCCCAAACUUGGGCCAAAUGCCAUAUCUUGAAAAGUUGAACCUGAGCAACUGUAAGAACUUGGUAGGAGUUCACGAGUCACUAGGAAAUCUUACAAGGCUUUGGUACUUGAAUUUGUCUCACUGCCCAAAGCUAAGGAGUCUUUCGAAAAACAUACACCUCGAGUCUUUGGAAAAACUUCUUCUUUGGGACUGCACAAAACUUGAAAGUUUCCCUCAAAUCAUAUGUUUAAUACCGAAGCUUUCAGAACUUCACUUGGAAGGGACUGGAAUUAAGGAGCUACCCGAGUCCAUCAUAAAUCUCAGUGGCCUUGUGUCCAUAAACCUCAGCAGUUGCAAAGAUCUGGAAAGUAUAACUUACAGUAUUUGUGGUUUGAGAUGUCUCAGGACUCUUAAUCUCUCUGGCUGUUCGAAACUUGAGACAUUGCCGGAAACCCUUGGCCAAUUGGAAACUUUAGAAGAACUACUUGUAGAUGGAACUGCAAUUAUCAAGCUACCAUCAACCGUCUCUGAGAUGGAAAACUUGAAAAUCCUUUCUUUCAGUGGAUGCAGGAAAAAGAAAAAGGAUACUGCAUUCUGGAAAAGCAGUCUUAGCUUUCGCUUGAAUGUAAAGUUAACCUCACUGCCAAAUGUCAGACGCAUCACAAGACAUUCAAAUGCUGCAAGAAAUAAGAAGCCAGAAAUAUCACGACCAUCGUUAUCUGGUUUGAGUGUCUUGAAGAAACUAGAUCUUAGUGACUCCGAUUUGGUAGUUGAAAUUGCUGCUGAUAUUUGGCAGUUGUCCUCAUUGGAGGAGUUAAAUUUGAGCCGAAAUAAUUUUAAAGAAUUUCCUUCAAGAAUAUCUGGACUACCGCAAUUCAAGGUCCUGAAAUUGGACGAGUGCAGGAGCCUUGAAGCCUUGCCUGAUCUUCCCUGGAGUAUUGUAGUGAUAGAGGCAAAUGAGUGCCUUUCCUUGCAGAGUCUUGGAAAUCUUUCACCGCAACAUGCAUUCUUGAGGAAGGUCUCAUUUUUCAAUUGUUCCAAAUUGUACCAACAAAGCCAGAAAACCAGCAUUGCUGCUGCAGAUUUGUUGCUGUAUUUGCUUCUCCAGGGUCACUCCACCUUAUAUGGUCAAUUUAGUAUAGCAAUUGCUGGAGGAAAAAUCCCUGAUUGGUUUGGUUAUCAAAAAAUGGGUCGCUCGAUCUCAGUCCAGCUACCUACAGAAUGGCAAGAUAACAUUGCAGGGGUUGCAUUCUCAUUUGUUUUCGAGCGCCUUGUUCCAAAAUCAAAACUAGGUGUUACCUUCAAGUUGAUUAGUCCAAACCACCGAGAAUACACAUUUGAAAGUGCUCCAGCAUCUGCUGCUUCAAAGAUGGGGGAGGUCAGCGAAGCCGACCACUUAUGGAUAGCUUAUAUCUCUUUCCAUCUUUUUCGUCUCCUCUUCCCCAGAUUCACAACUGAAGAUUGGUCUAAGGUUUGUGGUUGCCUUUCAAUUAGCCUGAGACAAGAGCCAUGGAUCAAGGUGAGGAGGUGUGGAAUUCAUCUGGUGUACAAAAAAGAUUUGACAACAUCAUUGGCAGCUGGGAGCAAGGAAUUGGUGGUGUACGAUGAGGGAGGAGAUUCAAAAAGGAAAGAAGAGGUCAAUGAGGAUAUUGUGUCACUAAUGGCUGGGAUUAACGAUUUGAAUUGGGAAGUUGACUCCAUUGAGCAAGAUAACACUCAGCUCGCUAAUUUGAGAAAAUCGCUUGCCUAUAAGAUUCAGAAGACUCUUUCUUUUGAUUGCUAGAAUACUUUUCUCUAGCUACUAAUGUUUGCUUAUAUCAAUGGAGCAGUUGCUUGACGUUUUUGCUCACCGGUGUUACAUUUCUUGGUUUGCUUGUUUGCGAUCACUUGCAUGCAUGGAACUGAGUAUAGUAGUAGUACUCUACUACUUGCUACCAUGGGAAAUAAGAAAAAUUAGAGGUAACGGUUGGAUUUGAUUUUGCAUUGUUCAAUUGUUUGGUUUUCUUGUGCACUGGGAAACGAACUGUGUAAAUGUUGGUAGUUUUUCUUUUCUUGGCUUAGCUUGUUGAGAAUAAUGUAUGCUCUGUAUGGAUUUUGCAUCAACAAGAAUGUACUUAUAUAUGGUUUGUAUUGAUGGAAGAUUGUUUGUUUUCUAA